UCUUUUACAGGUCCCACGUACGCACCACACAGUCUCUCUCCCUCCUUGAAUCAUUUCCCCUCAACUUACUUAUAUAUAACACCCCCCCUCGCUCUCCUUAGCACUCCACUCGCAAACACUACUUCAUUAAUUCUCUCUUCAAAUGGCUGAUCCGUCUGCUUCUGGUGGCUCCGGGAGGAGAAUGUGGUGUUCCAUGCCUGAGAAGUUUCAGCUCCAUGCGGCCAUGUUGGCCUUGCAGUUUGGUUAUGCUGGUUUCCAUGUUGUCUCUCGUGCUGCACUUAACAUGGGCAUUAGCAAGCUUGUGUUCCCUGUUUACAGAAACGUCAUCGCUUUGCUUCUCCUCCUUCCCUUCGCAUAUUUUCUCGAGAAGAAGGAAAGACCAGCAAUUACUCUCAACUUUCUCCUUCAGUUCUUCCUCCUCGCGCUUGUGGGAAUAACAGCAAAUCAAGGAUUCUACUUGCUGGGUUUGGACAACACCUCACCCACCUUUGCAUCAGCAGUCCAAAACUCGGUCCCUGCCCUUACUUUUCUCAUGGCAGCCCUUUUAAGGAUAGAAAAAGUAAGGCUAGACAGAAAAGAUGGGAUAGCCAAAGUGAUAGGAACGUUCUUUUGUGUGUGUGGAGCAACUGUGAUCACUUUAUAUAAAGGUCCAGUGAUAUACAGUCCAGCUCCACCACUCCACGGAAUGCUCGAACCAGAACCAACCAUCUUUGCUUCUUUAGGAGAUGCUAAAGGCAAGAACUGGACACUUGGGUGCGUCUACCUCAUCGGUCAUUGCUUGUCCUGGUCCGGUUGGCUCGUCUUGCAAGCACCCGUUCUGAAAAAGUACCCGGCUCGACUCUCCGUCACUUCUUACACAUGUUUCUUUGGACUCAUACAGUUUCUUAUCAUUGCUGCUUUUGCUGAAAGAGACCCCCAAGCUUGGAUUUUCCACACUGGCGGCGAAGUUUUCACUAUACUCUAUGCGGGAGUGGUGGCAUCAGGGAUUGCCUUCGCUGUACAGAUAUGGUGCAUUGACAGAGGGGGCCCUGUGUUUGUUGCUGUGUAUCAGCCUGUUCAGACUCUUGUUGUCGCUAUUAUGGCUUCCAUUGCUUUAGGGGAAGAGUUCUACUUGGGAGGGAUCAUUGGUGCGGUGUUGAUCAUAGCGGGACUGUACUUGGUCUUGUGGGGCAAAAGCGAAGAGAAAAAGUUCGCGGCAUUAAUCCAGUCCACCCAGGAGCACGGUACCAGCAGAACAUCAACCCACAUCAAAACCACUCUCACUCAGCCUCUCCUUCCUUCGUCAACGGAAAACGUUUGACCGUCAAAGCCCUAACUUUGACUACAAGUCAAGAAUCAAAGUUUGUUUGGCUGGAGAGAAAGAUGAAGAAAGACCCAAGAAAAAAAGAGAGCACUAUUUCAUAAUAGUAGAAGGUUUGUGUGUGAAGAUUUUCUUUUCCAUGGUCCAAUCUCUUUAUAUUAGGUAGAUUUAUGGUUGUACGUUGUCGUUUUAUGUGGCUUUGAUAUAUAUAUAUAUAUAUAUAUAUAUAUAUAUGAUAUGGUUUGAUUUAAGGGACAAGAUAUGCACAUUAUUUAUCCAGUUAAUGCACAAGAAGAAUAUAUAUUA